GACUUGGGACCGACCGGCAACAUAACAACACAACCACUGAGCGCUACUUACACAAUCCACCCACCCGGUGAUUAAUGUGUUAAUGUGUUAAUGUGUUAAUGUGUUAAUGGCACACGGUGUACCCACCCGUGCCCAGUAAUGGUACUACUUUACUUUAGAGAUCAGACGAGAACUAGGGUUUUUAGCACGGCCAUCACGCUAUGGCCAUUAACAUAAACAUGACCUAUAUAAAAAUGAAAUAAAAGUAAACCACAUGUAUGUAUUGUUUUCUUUUACAAAUACACAAUGGCUGAGACAAUGGUCAACGGUUUUCUGUCACGUCAAUAGGAUUACUACACUGAUCGUCAUGCCGCCCUAGUGGCAGAAAUAAGUAUUAAAAUAAUAUGGACAAUAAAAAAGUGAAUCGUGUUCAUAUUUACGGUCUGAAGUAAAUUCGUAUCGAAGAAAUACUUGAAAUUUGUAAUCAUUCGGAAAAACCUUUCUACACAAAAUCAUUCAAUAAAUUUAACAAUAAUACUUUUAUUAUACAAAUCAUGGCUCCGUAAUAAGAAACAUUUUCUGUUAACAAAAUUAAUCUGUUUAAAGAACACGAAGGAAUAGACAAAAGUCAAAAUCAAAAUGAACGAAAUUUCGGAAAAUCCAUUGGUUUUCUUCGUCGAAAAUACUCAUCCAAUGUUUCCUAUGAAUGUUUAUCAAGAUGUAGGAAAGAUAAUAGAAUUAUCAGAUACUGGAUGUGAUGCCAUAUCUCCGUCGUCUUCCAUUGAAGAAGAAAAAAAUGAUGAAGAUCAGUCGUAUCUGAAGAAAACUCUUUGUCGUGAAACGACUUUGUCUUUGCAAAAGGCAUUCGAUGAGAAACAAGAAACAAAUAGAGAAAAAAGGAACAGUACAAAAAGUAAUGUAUUAUCCAAAGACAAAGCGUUUUUAAGAAAAGUCAAAACAAAAGAAGGUACGAAGGAAAGAUUCAAAAUGAUCAAUUCAGAGGCUAAUGAAAAAAUAGAUCAAUGGAAACGAAAUAUUGCUGAUUUUGAAAAUAAUCUAUUAAGAGAUCAAAGAAAUUUAGCAAAUGAUAGCAAGGAUCCAGUCGAUCCUGAUUACAUAUUUCCUAAUGUUCAUAAUUAUUCAAUGAACACGGAACCGAACGACAAAAUUCGAAAAGAAUUUCGUCCAGCACAAAAGCAACAAGAAAAUAAAUCUAAAAUAGUUUCCAAUGAUGUCAGAGAUAACGCAAAGACAAGUCGGCAAAACAAUUUGAAAGCUUUUAACAGGGUAAAAAGAAAAAUGAUCGACCGUGCAAUAGAUAAAGAUGAUAGUCUUUCCAAUAAUUCCGUUAUGUUUGGUAUUUUUGAAGAAAAUAUGAAUAAAGGAAAAAGUAAGAAGUUCAGUACGAAAGAGGAAAGUAAGGAAAAGGAAUUGACAGAAAAUCUUCAUCAGCAGCGUGUCAAUCGUCAAACGAAUAAUAAAAAGACGAUUUCAAAAAGUGCUGAUUUUGAUAAAUCCAAACAUCGUAAUAAAAGUUGGAAUAAAUCGAAUACGACAUCGAAACUCGAAGAAAAGCAAGCGAAGGAUAUUGAAUUUGUUAAUAAUGAUAAUUCAAGAGCUAAAGUUGUUUCUCAUAGCGCUGGUUCGUCUUCUCGACGUGUAGAAGACAUUGAAAAAGACAAAAACAUGAUGGCAUUAUCUUUCGACGAUAAUUCCGAUACUUUGAAUAGAUCGAUAAACAAUUUCAUUAAAAGAUCGGACAAUAGAAAUCGAGUUUCGGGAAAUUCUUUAGCAAGAUCGAUUAGAAAAGAAGGAAACAUUGAAAGAAAAGAUUUAGAGAAAAUUGGUGCCAUUUUUCUAGCCUCGAGUUUGAGAAAAUCCGAAAAAUUGGCGAAUUCAAAAACUACCGAUAACGACGAUCACAAUUCGAAAAAUGCGAAAAACGCGAAAAACAAUCAAUCUGAUCAAUUAGAAACACCCAAGGUGAAUAAAGAAUCGUGUAAAAGUGAAAAAUCGAUCAAAUCGAGAAUACCUAUCGCCAUUUCUCGAAUGAAAAAUUUGAAUUAUUUCAAAGAUUGCAAUAGAUCAAGAUCAAGAUCAAGAUCAAGAUUGAGAUCGAGAUCGGUAGUUACAGAAACCGAUCGAUUUAACGAAAAUAAAAUAGACGAAUCAACGUCUACUGCUAUUAUUUUGCUUGACAAAUCGGAUUGCACGGGAGAUGAUAAUAAUGACACGAGAUUGAAUUGGUUUGGUAGAAAAUUGGUAGAAUCUCGUCAAAGAAAAAUUGACGUGGAGUCGAAAGUUUUCAAGAUAGCAAAUGAUGUUAAAGAGAAAAGGAGACAACAAUUUGAGAAAUGUGCUUUGCGCGAACCAUCGAAAAAAUUCACUAACGAAUCUCAGGAGAUAGUCGAUAUAGCAGUUACGAUACUUGAAAAAGAUUCUAAAGGGGAAACAAAAUCUUCCAAUCAAAUUCAUUCAAAACCUUAUUCGAAAGCUUAUUCUUUGAGAAGUGGCAUGUAUUCGAAAUAUUUGCAUGAAAAUUAAAUCGAGUAUUAUUUGAAGAUCAUUGAUAAAAUCUAAUGAAACAUCGUUACCGCUCGUGAUGACCCCGAGAUAGGGAUGAUUCCCUAUGUUUUUAGACAAUACAAAGGGUUAAACUAUAAAAUAAUAAUCAAAACGUUUCCGAAGAAAAAGAUAGAAAAGGGAGAUAGAAAAUGUAGCACACUCACCCACAUGAAGAAUCUCCCCUGACCUGCCUGCCUGCCUGCCUGUGUCGAGAACGUUCCGUAUAUUAUGUAGCAUGAAACACACGAGGGUGGUGAAAGAGAGCAGGCAGGGGUUAACAUGCGGGUGAAGACUAUGCUGUGACAGCAACGUAACAGAAAAGAGGGUUCCGUACGCUACGUUGAUGACAUAAUUGGUAUCAUUCUGCUUCUUCUUUUGAGGUAACCCAACAUUCGGCUUCUCCUAUCAUCCAUAUUUGGGUACACUAAUUUACACAUCUCCCUUUUUUGUCCUUUCAUUGAUCGACUCAAAUAUCAAAAGCAAAACAAAAAUGAUGGAUAAUCAUUGUAAUUAGAGAUUUAUUUUUAUUACAUA